UUGUCUCUCCCCUCUUUGUAUCCCCAUUUACACGGUACUUUUCCUUCUCAGGUACCAGCCCUGUAUUCUGUGGAAGUGUGGCGCCGAACAGGAAACCAGCUGUUUUUGUCCUUGGGCCCUGGCUUUGGCAGCUUCACAGCAAUCAGCUCAUAUAUCCCUCGGUCCAAUAACUGUGUCAUUGAUGCCUAUGCUGUGGCUUUUCUCAACUUGCUUGUCUCACUGACUACCACAGUGUUUGUAUUUGCUGUAAUGGGCCACUUGGCCACAAAAAACAACGAAAAAUGUUACUUGAUGAAUGCUGAAAAAGUGAUGGAUCUGGUCAUUGCCCAGGUCCUGCCUCCUGAGGCCCACCCUCCAGACAGUCUGUACCAUGAUCCGAGCUCCAUCUACCCCAAGUGGCUCAACAACCUCCCUGAACACAUCAAAAGCAGAAUCCUACCCAAUUUGACCGAUUGUGACUUAUCUAAGGAAUUGAAUAAGGUUAUGAUCGGUCCAGGUGUGGUCAUUGUGACAUUUAGUGACAUCGUCUCUUUGUUUUCUGGACCCACCUUCUGGUCCAUCAUUACCUUCCUGUUGCUGGUGAACCUGGGGCUGAGCACUGUGAUAGGAAUCAUACAAGGCAUCAUCACCCCUCUCCAGGAUACUUUCUCUUCCCUCAGGGAGCAUUCAAAGCUGCUCACAGUGGGUGUCUGUGUGCCUAUGUUCCUGGGCAGCCUCCUUUUUGUGAGGCCCUCAGGCAGCUACUACGUGAACCUGCUGGAUGACUACUGGGUAUCUCUGCCCCUUUUCUUCAUCGUCAUCUUGGAGACCAUCGCCAUGGCCUGGAUCUAUGGGGCCAGGAGGUUCCUUACAGACCUGAGUAUCAUGAUGGGCCGCCCCAUCUCCCCCAUCUAUCGUUGGCUGUGGUGUUUUCUGUCUCCAUUUGUGCUGCUAGUCCUGUUUUUAAGCACCCUGAUUCACCUGUCUGUGAAGGAGAUCACCUACUUGGCCUGGGACUCAAGAAUUUCACAUGAGGUGACCCGAAUUUAUCCAUCAUGGGCUAAAGCCUUGCUUAUAUUCCUCGUCAUCAUCACCGUCCUGCCUGUCCCUGUCUACUUCUUCUACACCAUCAUCAUUCGGGUGGCUUCUCCUGUCUCCAUGAGCCACAAUACGGCCAUAAUAACCUUCCAACCUGAAGCUAAGGGGGACUCACCGAAGGUUGGUCCACGGCUUCAAGUGAGGCAAAAAAGACAAAAGAUUAUUAAAAUGGAUAAACCAAAAACAGAGGGAAAACUUUCUGUCCUGUGAAUAAUUCCUAUUGGAAAUAAAGACUUGGUUCAUUUGGCACAACA